CUGAAAUAAUAUCCAUCACUUAGUGUCUUGUAAAUAUAAAGAUAAAAUAAAAUAUUUUAUAGGUACAUGCAGAUUCACUGCACAGCAACAUAUAUAUAGGUUUUGUUUGUACGUGAAUAAUAGUUAAUAAUUGUGACAGAACCAUGAUUUGGUACAUGCAAUUGUUAUAUGUACAUAUAUACAAAACAAAAAAUGUAAUAGUUUUAUUGUUUCAUUUAUGUUAAACACGUUCAUAUUUCCCUAUGCAUAUAUCGUACUUCUGAUCUAGAAAAUACAUAAUAAUAAUUCUAGUAAUCGUAACUCCACUAUAAACACACUUCAAAUGUACAAUAUUUUUCCUAGGUUUUAUCGCCGUUUUAGCUUUUAUCAUCCAUGUUCUAUGUUCUUAUUGCCGCACCAACAUAAACAUACUACAGUUAUAAAUGAGAUUCGAAACGUUUUCUUUCUAAAAUAUUUGUGAAGAGAAUUAUUCGAAGAAACGAGGAAGUACUUACAUACGUACUUAGUAUAGAUCAGUGUACAUGUACACACUUGUCUACCAUAAAACUGUAAUACAUAUAACACCUUUUUGCUAGUUUACUCAUACAUAUGUUACAUAUUUAUGUAAUUUAUGGCUUGUUGCCAAUACAGUGUAAUUAAAAGGGUUUGGAUGUAUCUACAUGCUCUGCAUAUAUAUAUUGUGUAUGUAUCUAACUGUUAUUUGUAAAACUCCAAUAGAUGGUGCGCAUAGAGUAACUGUAUAUAUAUGUAUAAAUGUACCUACACAAAUAUAAUACAUGUCGUAUCGUUUUCUCACCGUGCUGUAUUCUACAUGUCCUAUCGUUUCUCAUGAUUCGAAGCUGAAAUCUCUUCAAGAGAAUAGAAAGUAUAUUCAUACACCUACAACAUAUUAACAAUAUGACGCAAGUUCGGUAUACUCGUAAUUUAUUUUUACGUGGAAUAUGUAUUAUAUACCUAUUUGCGAAUCUUAGCUUUUACAUACAAAUUCCAGGAUUAUACGGUGAUAAUGGGAUUCUACCGGUCCGGACUCAAUUGGAUCUAAAAGGUCGAACUCCUUUAUUACAUAAAUUAAAACAAAAACCAACAUUAGUGUGGUUUGCCCCAUACCUUGGAUUAAAUCUGGAAUAUAUGUUGGAUAUAUUAGCGCUUUCUGGUGUCGUUCUCUCAUUCAUAGGGUUUGUCUCACAAAAAUUUUGUAUCACAUUGGUGUUUGCGUUACUUUGGCUAUUAUAUUAUUCUUUGUAUCAAAUUGGGCAGACGUUUAUGUGGUUUCAGUGGGAUGUGCUCCUAUUGGAAGCAGGAUUUCUAUGUAUAUUAGUAGCACCAUUUUGGUAUUCGCACCAUGGAAAAGUAAAUACACCCAGUGAUACUAUUCCAUUUUGGACUAUACGUUGGUUACUUUUCCGUCUGAUGUUUUCCAGUGGUGUGGUGAAACUUACUUCCGGUUGUCCAAUAUGGUGGAAAUUAGAUGCUCUGAGCGUACACUUUGAAUCGCAAUGCAUACCCACUCCAUUGGCAUGGUAUGCACAUCACUUGCCAACUUGGUUCUUACGCUUAACCACUGUUUUUGUAAAUAUCUUUGAACUCGUUAUUCCAUUUUUAUUUUUCUUCCCAAAUAGAAAAGUAAGAAUAACAGCCUUUUAUACACAGAUAUUUCUUCAAAUAAAUAUCAUAGCGACAGGAAACUACAACUUCUUCAACUUUCUGACCAUCUGUUUAUGCAUUUCAUUACUGGAUGAUCAAUUUUUUUACAAAAGAAAAUCGAAAAAUGAUUCACACAAACUUGUCAAAUAUCUUUCGACGAUAUUGUGUAUUCUUGUUUAUGCAGGUAUAUUGUAUGAAACGUAUGUGUAUUACAGUAUCGAGUUUACGAAAAAUUGGACGGUACAGAGCAACAUAGCGUUUACGCAAGAACAGUUUAAUCACGUCUUUUCACGGGCGAUUCCAGUGUCUAUCUACAUAGGUAUAGCGUCGCUUAGCUUGACAAUAGCAGAUGCUGUAAUGAAUUCUUUGAUAACUGUGAAAGGUGUACGAAACAAAAUAACUACGACUUUAAUUACGGGUCUAUAUACGGUAGCAGUUUGUUCCAUGUUUGCUUUAAGCAUCGUACCAUAUACUGCAUUGCAUGAAUCUCACAACACGACGGUACUAAGCCGGUUAAAGCAAAUUCAAGGAAAAGUUGAACACCUUCGUUUGGUGAACAGCUAUGGAUUGUUUAGACGUAUGUCCGGCGCGGACGGCAGACGGGAAGUGAUCAUUGAAGGAAGCAAUACUAUCGAAGGACCAUGGAAAGAGUACGAAUUUUUAUACAAACCAGGGAACGUGAAUAAUUCGUUGCCUUUCGUCGCUCCUCAUCAACCACGUCUCGAUUGGCAAAUGUGGUUUGCCGCAUUGGGCACCUAUCACCAAAAUCCAUGGCUUAUGUCGUUGGCCUAUCGUCUCUUGAAUGGUCAACCGGAAGUAUUAGCCUUGAUGAAUAAUGUAGAGAGUCCAUUUCGCGACAAGCCGCCAAAGUAUAUUAAAGCUAGUCUUUAUCGUUAUCAUUACACUCCGUGGAGCCAGCAAUGGAACAAACAAGCUUGGUGGACGAGAGAAAAAAUAGAGGAAUAUUUUCCGACAUUCAGUCGUGAUCACCCGCCUCUUAUCGAGUAUCUCACACGCAUGAAAAUUAUUCAAGACAAGCCAGCUUUCAAGGUUACUAAUGAACCACUGAAACUGCUCCUCGACAGUAUCAGGUCCAUAGUCUGUAAAAUUGAGGCUAGUCUUCUUCUGUGGGGUGUUUACACCGCAGGUUGUGCAAUCAUUAUGACCAGCUAUAAUACUUCAACUUCAAAGAAAAAGUAAUUACAUCCGAGUAAGUUUUUAAAUCGCGAAACUGUUUCAAACAACAGAGAUAACAAUUAGUGACAACAAAUUCUGUACAAUCAAUAGAACGCACAGUUCGUACGGCGAGUAAACACUCUUAAUGAUAUACUUAGAUUAUCCUCUACUUUUACGAAUACACAAUAUUUUGUUCUUGUGUUUGUUGCAAUUGAUACUUGUGUAAAAAUGCUAUUUUUACGAAAUUAUUCAUACAAUAUGUAUAUACAUAUAAUACACUAAAUCUCUUGCGUGCAUUUUAUACUAACUGUCGAUGAAACGGAUGUUUGGACUGAAGUAAAGAGAUUACAUUUCACUUACCUGUAUCUAUCGAACUUAUGCUGUUUACAUUUUAGUGGUUUUUGUACAAAUUGUAGAACUUUCGAACUAUUGUAGCGCGUGUGUUUAUUCAGUAUUGUUGGUACACCACAUUUACGAGUUCCAAAUCGUUUCGUCAAGGGAAAAGAAACUUUGCGUACUCUUGUACCGUUCCUUCCAGUCUUUGAACAACGCAUUGUUGCAUCAACAGAUAUAAUUCACUUAUCGGAAUUACUAAUUACUAAUUACUAAUAGAAUUAUUAUUAUUCUUAAGAUUGUAAGUAUAAGUUACCUGUAUUGAAAUUCAAUACAGAAUUGAUGAA